CAUUGUUAACAUGGCGUAUGUAUGAUGUUGAUAUUUUAACGUAAAUUAAAUGGAAGUUGCUCAGGUAAAACAUAAGUCUGAAGGUGUGAAGCAUUGUUGUUACGAGACAUGUAAUAGUGACACAAGAUAUAGACAUCGUGAUGACAUGAAUGAUGUGUUUUUCAUUCCUUUUCCCAAGCCUAUCACGCAACGGGAGAAAUGUGAACGUUGGAUUAAGGCAUGUGGGAGACCCAAGGAGGAUUUUAAUGUGGACAAGAUCAAACGGUGUACAUACAUGUGUAGUAAACACUUCGUUGGUUGUAAAGGACCAACUGAACUUCAUCCGGACCCAUUGCCUGCACUGUUGCACAAUGAGGAACAGAUUGACCGCUUUAAGAGGAAAAGAAAAGCUCCCACACCAAGAAAACAACAUAUAAAAAUCUUAAGGAAAGAUGUGACUGCGGCAGCUGAAAGUCUUCUUGAGUUGCCCGAAUACACUGUAUCAGAUCAAAGUAUUGACAAGAAUUGUACUGAAUCAAUGACGUCUACACCGGCUCAAUGUGAAACAUAUCAAGAGAAAACUGUACAAACUGAAUCAGUCAUUCAACAUAACAAGGAAGUUCAAACUGUUUAUGGAAAAGAAAUACUAAACGCAAAGAUUGAAAACAUGGUAUUAAAAAACAAAAUGAAAGUAGAACAAAAUCAGGAAAAUAAAAAUGCAUCUUCUGAUGCGAUGCUGUCAUUAGAAGGUUUAAAAAGUGAUGAUGUAAGAAUGAAAUUAUUUACAGGACUACAAUAUAAUCAAUUUAUGACAUUAUUUGAAUUUCUUGGUAAAAAGAUGUGGUAUGAGUGCCAAUUAGACAACUCUCCAUCCAAGUAAAAAUUUAUAAAAGUAAACCAUUAUAGGUCACAGUACGGUCUUCAACACGGAGCCUUGGCUCACACCGAACAGUAAGCUAUAAAGGGCCCCAAAAAAGUACUAGUGUAAAACCAUUCAAACGGGAAAACCAACGGGAAAGUCUACAUAAACUGACAUACUGGGAUGGCAAAAAAACAAGGGAAAAUGCGGAAAAAGGAAAUCGUAAACUAGAGCCAAAAGAAGAACUAUUUCUAACAUUGGUACGCUUGAAAAGAGGAUUUAAUCUAGAUGUCAUGUCACACUUCUUUCGACUUUCAUCUUCAACAGUAAGCGUGAUAUUUACAACAUGGAUUCAGUUUUUAUAUUGCCAUUUUAACGACUAUAGAAAUAUUAUGUUCCCAGAACGUCAGCACUUUAAAGAGUAUAUGCCACGUGUUUUCAGAUGUUUCAAAAACAUACGAUGCACAAUUGAUUGUACAGAAUUUUUUGUUCAAAUGCCAAGAGACUUUCGGCGUCAAGGAAAUUUGUAUUCCUCAUAUAAAAGUCAUCAUACAUAUAAAUGUCUUAUAGGAGUAGCCCCAAAUCUUGCAAUAGUUUAUGUGUCUAAUUUAUAUGAAGGAUCUAUAAGUGAUAGAGCAAUUGUUGAAAAAUGUGGCUUUUUGGAAUACAUUAAUCCAGGUGAUCUUGUCCUGGCCGAUCGAGGCUUUGUGAUAGAAGAUUUGCUAAUGGCAAGACAAGCAAUCCUUAACAUUCCGCCUUUUCUUGGGAAAAGGUCUAAAUUUACUGCUCAGGAAGAGUUGCAGACCCGUCGUAUUGCUAAAGCGAGAAUACAUGUAGAAAGAGUGAUUGAAAGAGUAAAAAAAAUUAAAUAACUGAGUGGGAAUAUUCCAUUAUCACUAACACAAAUAUCAGACCAAAUGGUUUUUGUAGCAUGCUGCUUGGUUUCAAGAACCACUUGUCAAGUAACAGGAAUGAGUGAUGUACAUGUACAUACUACUGACUAUAUGGUAUGGGUUUCGCUCAUUGUUGAAGGCUGUAUGGUGACCUUUUAUGUAUAGACUUAUUUGUUAACUUCUCGCUGUUUUCUAUGCUAGUCUCUGGUUGAGAGUUGUCUCAUUCCCAAUUAUACCACAUCUUCUUAUUUAUGACAAUGAACUUUGUUGUAUGAAUGAUAAAAAACAUUUUUAAACUGAUAAAACAAUUGUAUUCGUGGUUUAAUAUUAUGCACAUUUGUCAUGUUUGUAAGACUAUAAUAUUUUAGAAGUGAUUUUAUGAAUAAAUUUUCAUCAGAACCUCUCAAAGUGAAAAUCAAUGAACACAUGUAUACUUUCAUCAAUUUGUUAAGAGCUACAUGUAAUAGUAACAAUUUACAUCAUUAUCAAAGAAGGAUUUUUCCUGUUUUUUUAUUGAGAAAAUCAGUACAUGUACAUGUACUAAGAUUAAUAUAGUAACAAAAAAUUAAUAUAACCAUUUAAUGAACCGGCUUGUUUGAUUUAUAUAACGUUAAGACGUGUACACAUAACACAUAUAUAUACAAUGUACUUAUAUUUUAUAAAUCUAAAAUAAUU